AUGCAAAGCGUAACGACGCACCGCAGAAACGCCGCGGCGAAAAGUCUUUGCCUGUCACCACAAACUACCUCCCAAAGUGAAAAAUUACCUAACGUCAGCGCUUGUCACCAGGACAACAUGACAGCUUUCACCAAUGCAUCUGCUAAGGCGGGGUCACGUUGGAGAGUGUGCCAGAGUGUGUCGCUGUCCAAUUGCUUUAGUGCUGACGUGCUCUUUUCAUCCUCGCACAGCCCACUGAUGUUUCUGAACUGCCCCGGUGGUUUCAUAGACUUGCGCUUGAUUAAGCAGCUAAGGCAGACAAGGCAAAUUGACGACGACUCUGAUAUGAUACUUCAAGGUACAUUGCUUCAGUGCUCUCCUCCUCAAAUAAAUCACAACGCAACUGCCUGUCAAAAUGCAAGGACUCAUUUUCCAACGGUGCGGCCAUCUUUUUUAAAUUCAUCCUUCUUCUUUGAGUUCGCAACAUCACUCCAGCCAGCUCAUAAGGUGCAAAUGCCAGGAGAGACCUGA